UCUUGAUUCUUAAUUCUUCUCUUAUUACUUAAUUUCAUUCAGAAUCCUGCAAUCCUUUUCUCUUCUUUCUGUUUGUAAGAACAAUUCUUUUCUUUUUUUGCACUAAUGUUUUCUCGAGCACCCUUAAGAAAAUCCUCACAUUCUAUCAAUCGAGUGCUAAGCAAUCAGCAGCUCUGCAUUCGCCACUUCAUCAACCAACCAGAAGGCCCCUCUUCCUCGUCAUCUUCAUUGAGGCCAUCCUUUGGUGGGUCUGGCAAUGGUAAUGACCAGAAGAGCAGGGACGCCUUGUUGAAGUUGCUGCUAAGAUGGGUGCCUUCUUCCGGGGUUGUGAUUGUUGGUUUUAGCUAUUGGUACUCUUCUUUCAAUGAUGAGGAUUCUUUUGUGUCAUUGGCCGAAAGUGCGGUAUGGGAGUCAGGUAAUGAUCUUUUUCCGCCCAAGGAGAAGCACAAGUUCCUCUUCAAAGAUUCUUACCGGAGAAGAAUUUUCUUUAAUUACGAAAAGCGCAUUCGGAUGACAAGUCCCCCCGAAAAGGUUUUUGAGUACUUUGCAUCUCUUCGGACCCCUGCUGGAGAUGUUCUCAUGACACCAGCAGACUUGAUGCGAGCAGUCGUUCCCGUGUUUCCUUCAUCAGAAUCAGAUCGUGUUAGAGAGGGCUUUCUGAGAGGGGAACGACUCCCUGGCGAGUUGCAGUGCGAGCCUUCAGAAUUUUUCAUGCUCUUUGAUACUAACAAUGACGGACUCGUAUCUUUUCCGGAGUACAUCUUUUUUGUUACACUUCUCAGCAUUCCUGAAUCAAGCUUUUCUGUGGCAUUUAAAAUGUUUGACCUCGACAAUAAUGGAGAGAUUGAUAGGGAAGAAUUUAAGAAGGUGAUGGGUUUAAUGCGAGCACAAAACAGGCAAGGGGCAACCCACAGGGAUGGACAGCGACGAGGACUCAGAGUUUUGCAGCCUGUGGAGAAUGGUGGACUGUUAGAGUACUUCUUUGGCAAAGAUGGCAAGACCUGUCUACAGCAUGAAAAAUUUGUCCAAUUUCUAAGAGACUUGCACGAUGAAAUUUUGAGGUUGGAAUUUGCACAUUAUGACUUCAGAACUCGUGGAACUAUUUCAGCUAAAGAUUUUGCCUUAUCUAUGGUUGCAUCUGCUGACAUUAGCCAUAUAAACAAGUUGCUAGAUCGGGUUGAUGAACUAAACAAUGAGCCUCAUCUUCGGGACAUUAGAAUUACAUUUGAGGAGUUCAGAGCAUUCGCAGAGCUACGGAAACAACUACAGUCUUUGUCUCUGGCCAUUUUCAGUUAUGGAAAAGUGAAUGGAACGCUAACAAAAUAUGACUUCCAGAGAGCUGCAUCCCAAGUAUGUGGCGUCUCCAUUACGAACAAUUUAGUUGAUAUCAUAUUCCAUGUAUUUGAUGAUGAUCGGGAUGGAAGUUUAAGCUCGGAUGAGUUUAUAAGUGUUUUGCAAAGAAGAGAAAAGGACAAUUUGGUGCCUGGUGAUGCAGGUUUCAAGGGUUUAGUAUCUUGCUGUACCAGAUGUGCCAAAAAUUACUCUUCUGCAAAGCUUCUUUAAAUUAUCAGCUGAUACAUGGUGUGAUCCUGUAAGCAUAAGGGUUUUACUGGCUAUGAUACGUUGGCGCUACAGAAGAAUUCCUGGGGCCGAACUUUGGUUUUGUUUGCGUGCUUGAAGGCUAGUUUUCAAAAUUUCAAUCAUAGACUGCUAUUAUUAUCGAAUUCUUUCACAUUCUUUUUGUGCAGAAUGGAAGCCAAAGUAUCCACGGCCUUACUACAUACACCAGAGAACAAGUCCUCUGCCUUGCUGAAUUAAAAUUGUACAGUCUGUUUGAGUUAAUACAUGUACAUAUCUUUCAAUCUCAUUGAAUAAAGUUUCUUGAUAAAUUGGCAUCUGCUGUACUUAUAUUCUUGGUUUGAUAUAUAGUAGAAAAAUGUAAUGCAGUUUGAUGCAAUUCUGAAAUGUUUAUUGCAAUGUGUUGAUCAAGA